AUGAGCUACUCCGAACGUGCAGAUGGCGUGGCAGAUGAAUUACUUGCCAGCCGAGAGCAAGAGCGUGGCCGAAAGAGAGACCUUGAGGAUACGACAGACCGCCGUGGCACAUCCCCAAAGCGUGCUCGGUCAAUCUCAUCGCACUCAAUGAGUUCAGUCUCAACGAUAUCUACGAAUCGGUCUUAUUCUGCGUCUCCCCGCCGCAGUAGAAAUGACGCACAUGAUAGUCGUCGACAUGGUUCCAAAUCGCCAGAACCUACAAAAUCCCGCAAGAGACGCUACAGUGAUUCAUCUGACAGCCGCUCCAGCUCUGUACACUCAGGACCCACACAACGGUCACCCCCAAGAGAGCGCGACGAUGACCGAAACACCCGGCGCCGACGCCGAGAGUCUAGCCCCGACCAGCGAGGCCGCAACCGUGGGGAAGGAAGACGUAGCGAGCAUCGCCACCCUCGCAGUAGGAGCGCUGACAAGGACCGAGUCCCACAAGAUAGGCGUUCCAUGACCCCGGAUGCACCCCGUGACCGUGAUCGCCAGUACCGGGAUAGAGCUAGCCCAUCAUGCCAGCCUCCCCCAGGGCGCUCAGGACAAAGCUCCAAACCCCGAGCUAACCAGCCUCCACGGGAACGAAGUUUGAGUCCGUUCAGCAAACGUCUUGCCCUAACCCAAGCUAUGAAUAUCGGACGGUAA